CCCUUACACAGGCAUGCUCUCUGUGAGUGUGCCUCUGUUGUGUGGGUGUGUGUGUGCGUCCGGAGGGAGGUGGCCACGCGUAGCAGAAGCUGAGCUCCGAGUCUCGCUCUGGAGAUUAGCUCUGGGGGCGCCCGCCGGGUGGAGAUGAACUAGGAGCGGGACGUGUCCUGCCUGUCACCGCCACCUUCUCCCUCUCGGCAACCAUGGCCGCGUUCUACGGCUGCUUACGGGGUAACAAUGACUGCAAUAUUAUGGCUUCAGGACUUCCAGAUGUGACGGCCAACCAGGAGCCAGGAGACUCUGCAGGGGAUUGCCCAGGAAAGAAGAAGUCUAAAUUUCAGACGUUCAAGAACUUUUUUGUGCGGAAGAAAAGAAAGGAGGCCGGAGCCCCCGCAGCGGAGAGCAGCUUGAAGGCCAGCCAGUCCACUGACAAUGUCGCUGCCCCCGAACCUUCGACAGCUCGCUCCGACACCGGCGGCGGCUCAGGUUGCAAGGUUACAAUGGGAAACAAGGCCAUGUCACAUGACAGCGUCUUUGUGGCCGAUACUCCUUCAUCGGACGCUAAUGAGGGCCUGGCAUCAUCGCAAGACAGUAUCCAUGGGAAGGUCAAGUCUUUGCAGCUGCAGCUCAAGCAGGCCAUAAAGCUGGGCACCCCCCCAGCCCUCAUCUGCCGGAAGAAGGGGGAAGAUGCGGGGGCUCUUUCUGAGGAUGAUGGCCUGCCCUGCAGCCCUCCUGAGAUCUCCACCCUGCACACCGUUCUGGCCGGCCCAUCUCAUGCGCACUCCAACCCGGUUCAAAGAACCAGCUCCCUCAGCCUGGAGGGGUUCGACAGCGAUGACGACCAGAUGUCCUUCGAGGCCUCCUCCAGGCCAAUGAGUCCUCCCCGCUAUCCCCCAGCGGACUUCAGCCGGCCGGCCACCCCCUCCGCUUGUUUGGACAGCUCUGCCGCCCGGCACCGCAUCGCCGUCAAGCACAGGGCCUGUGCCAAGCGGAAGCCUGCCAGCAAGCAGCUGCUGGAGAGCAGCAAAUUGAGGGCCGCGGGUAAAGAAGUGCCUCCGGAGUUCAGGGACCGUCAUGAUACAGACGGAGCGGAAUCUUCCUCCGAGAAGGAAAAACCAGAAGGUUCUCUGGCAGAUGAGGUGAUCCAACAGAUGGAUGCUGAUGUGGAGGAGACUGAGGGGGAAGAGGUCACACCUGAGGAUGGCCCGUCUGUUGCAGUGAGCUCAGAAGACAAACCGGCUGGCUCGGAUCAGUACUCCGAUGAGCCGGAGGACCGGAGAGCUCCAGAAGCAACCUCCUGCUCCUCCUCCUGCUCUUCAUCCGUGGCUGAUUCAGAGGAGUUCCUCCCAGCUCUUUCCUCGGUCCCACAAAGGUCCCUUAGGACUCCAUCUCCAGAGGCCAUCUCCCAAGAGUCCCUGGCCUCCUCUGAACCCGCGACUGGACAAGACACGGAAUGCGAGCUGGAGUUUGAGUGCGAACCCACUGUAGAAGAGUCUGGCUCACUGCUGCUGGAAGUGCUGAGCUCCUUAGAACGACCCCUGACCACUGAGUUUGGACUUCAGCCUGACACAGAGGUUCUGGAAAACACAAAAACUGAUGGAAUGGCAGCCGAGCAGUUCGAAAAACCAGCACCAUCCUCACCUGUUUCAGAGCACCACUUGGUGGUGGAGGUGGGCAGUGACACCUCCUGCGUGGCUGUAGAAGAAGAGUCAGAUGUAGAGGAAAAACUGUCUGAGGAAGAGGAGUGUAUGCAGUUGGUGGAGGCUGUUGAGGCAGAUGAGGGAGCAGAAAGUCUUGUCAUAGUAGAGCAAAGUCUUCCUAGUGAAGGUGAAGAAGAGGAAGAAACAAAAGAGGACGAAGAUGAGGUGAUAGUAGACUCUGCUUCUGAAACCCAGGAGCACAAAGACUCGGAGAUGUUUGAGUUGGUGUCCGAAGCCGACCUUGCAGAUGAUGGAAUUAUGCAGGGAGGUGAUGAUUUGGAGUUUGAAGCUGGUAACGCGUCAGACCUGGAGGCUGUCGCUGACCUGACCAUUGGAGGUCUUGAAGACGACACGCAGCCCUCAGUUGAAGGCUUGACUACAGAAGAUCAUGAAGAGCCCGAGGAACCCAACCAAGGCAUCCUCAGCCAAAUGUCCACUCCUGGUGUCAGUCCAGAGCAGGGUCUGGAAAACACUAAUGCCCAAGAGGACUGCGAGGAAAGUUCAUCCUCUCCCGAGCAGAGCAGAGUGAGGUUCACUAUUGUCCCGGCUUGGCAGAGGUCACUUUCGGGAGGAAGCUUCAAAGAGCCAACCUUCAUGCAACCCAUUGCACCCGAGGCAUUCGAACCAUGUCCUGGCGAAUUGGAGUCCCCUGCCGAUAAGGAAGAACCACAGGGCCCCACCAAGGCCGACUCCACCGCAAGCCCUGGGCAGAGCCAGAGACCAGCUUCUCCACCUCCUGCCAGAGACCCCACCCAACAGGAGGAGGACAGGGCUGAGACCCCGUUCGGGGUGAGGCUGAGGAAGACUUCGCUGCGGAGCCUGCGCUACGGAAGUGAGGACUCAGGAGAGGCUCCCGGGUCCCCUGGGCCUGUGGAGCCCACCGAAGCACCAAGGGCCCUCCCGGGCACCAAGCCGGUGCUGCCCAAGAAACCGGAGUUGCCGGAUGACGGUGCAGCCAAGUUGAAGAGAACAUCAGACGUGACGCACGCAGAGCCUCUCGGAGGGAAUUCGGCUGCACCCAGCUGGAUCUCCGUUGCCAAGCAAAAGCAAAAAAUCUACAAAGAGAACUCUCUGGAGGAGAUCCCUGUGAGGAAGGGCACAUGCGAGAAGGAUUCACCUUUCAGGAAAAGCUCACUGCCUGUUUUGGUGAGAUCGACCAACAAGAAUUCAGGUCCACCUACGACAGCCGGUCUUCCGCCGGCAGUCCCGUGCUCUCAGGAGAUCUCCAAAGCCACGCCCCCAGAUAAAGAUGUGAAGAGAACCAUGACCACCCCCUCGCCUGCAGCCCUUGGCCAGGAGGAGCCCCCCUGGCUGGCGCUGGCAAAGAAGAAGGCCAAGGCCUGGAGCGAGAUGCCCCAGAUCGUGCAGUGAUUCUGCAGGAAGUACCAUCCCUGCCCCCCUCCUAGACACAGGACACGGAUGUGUUUGCGCUCAUAAGCGCGGUCAGACGCCGGGUUCGAGAUGGCACGCACGUCCGCAUCUGAAAAUAUAUUGCGAGUGGGGCUAAAGAGCACCCUCCCACCCACUCACACACAGCCGACACCCCACCUGUGGCACCUCACCCCACUCUGACAGAAAUGUGAGUCCCCCCACACAGGUGUGUUAGACUGUUUCGAUGACUCCUACAUGUGUGUGCGCGUACGCGUGUGUGUGUGCGUGUGCAAGAGUGCGCUACCUUCACACAGACACGCGUCUUUCAUAUACAUCUUUCACAGUUGUUUUUUGGGGGAGAAGAAGGCAGUCAGCGAAUGAAAAUGUGAUCGGAGGGUAUCUUUGUAUUUAUUUCUUUUAAUCUGUUAAUCUUUGUUUUUUGUUCUAUUUUUCUAUUGCCUCUUCAAGUGCACAAGCAAUCAUGUUGUGACCUGUAUAUAACAUAUCCAGUAAAAUAUAUAUAUAUAUAUCAAGUGUUUUGCUUUCUAUGAAAUCACUAUGCUGUCCCAAAACCUACUAUACUGUGCAGUGAAUUACUCGAAACGGGUAAUUUGUAGAAGAAUUCAUUUUUAAACUGCAACUGAUUGAUAUGUUUCUACACUUUCCGUUUGUAAGGUUCCAGGGUUUUCUAGAGUAUGCUUUUAAAAAUCUCAAAGUGAAUGUUUUUUUUUUUUUUUUACCUGAAAAAACUUUUUU